CCGGGAAUCGAGCGAGGCGGAUUGACUGGAGCGAGAAGAAUGUCGAAAUUUUUCUUUUGGAGUCCAGAAGAGGCAGCUGAAAAACAAGUAUUACAGAUUGGUGCCUCAGCAUGUGGUGCUACCGGUGUAAUCAAUGUUUUGAGAGUAUUAGAACUUCCAAGCUCAGUAGAGGAGGUUGCGCCGCACGUCAACACCCGACUACGAGCUGAGGAUGCCCCUGUCACCGAGUACCUCCACUCCCGGAGUGUUGCGGGGACUACCCAUCAAGACUUGAUUGAAGGUUUGGAGAAAAGUUCACAAUCCAAAGUCUUUGCCAGAUUCUUCUCGUUUUAUCCCAGGAGAGAUGUGCAUCUUUCUGAUUGGCUCAAAGGCUGGAUGAGGCAAGGAGUUGUUGGUUUGGCUACCCUUAACCUUCAACGAGCAGUACCACAGGGGUACCAAAUACCUGAUGCAUGGCACCAUCAGAUGAUCUAUGGUGUAGAAGAUGACCAAAUUUAUAUGUGCAAUCCUGUAGUAGUGGAGUCUCCUGAUAAUAUCAUGGAACAGCUCUGUAGUGAAUCGGUACUCUUGAUACGUCGUUCAGAUAUCAUGAAGAGAUACUCAGCAGAUGAGGACUUGCGUAAGGUUGAUGUUAAUCCUGAUACAAGGUGGAGAGAGAUGAAAGUAUCAGAACAAGUUCACAGGAUCAUUGAUGAGGACAUGGCCAUUCCACUACCAAAGACCGCUGCCUAUGAUCUUCUGAGGGCCUCUCUCUUCACCAGUCAUGUGACCAUCCCAGCUGCAUACAAAUCUGGUAUAACACUGUGUGUAAGACAGGACAAUGUUGAUGCAUGUCAAAAGUUAAAAGAUGCACAGGAGUUACCCAUCUUAGUGUCUUCUGGAAAGAACAAUAUUGAGGAGAAAGAGGGGAUGAUUUCCUCAGGAAUGGCUGACAAAUCAACAUCGGAGGCUGCUAGUUCAUUACACUAGUGGUAUCCGUGUCAUAUCAUUCUUGUAAUAUGAUUUUCAUCAGUGUGUGUUUUAGUUUAAGUCAUUUCUUGCCAAAAAAGUGUGUGAAGUGAUGAUCCACUCUCAAUCAUCUUCAACUUGCUCUAUGUCAAAAUUCACUGAAUUCUUUGAGGGUAUACAUGUAUGUGGUCCCAUUAAAAAUCCCCAAAAUAUUGACUCUAUGCAUAAAUGCCAUUGAUUUGGGUGAUCAUAGAUUUUCCUAAAGUGAAAGUAUAAAGCAUAGCUUGCAAAUGUAGUGUAGGAAGGUCAGGGAAAACAGGCUUGUUUCUUUUGAAUUUGCUCUUGCUUAUUUGGUCAUCAUGUCCUGAAGAGAUAUAUUUGGGUUAUCUCGUCUAUCCUGCAUGAUGUAAACUACCUGACUUCUCAAGCUUGUGUCCUUGUACUAGUGUUCUACAUUAUCUUGCAAGAAUUUAUUAGACACAGUGGCCUGUAUUCUGAAGUCGGGUUUAACUUAAACUCUGGUUUUAAGUUGUGGUGUAAGUAUGGGAAGC